AUGUUGGCGAAUCGAUUUGUCAACCAAAUACGAAAUGCUAGGAAAACUUUGGUGCCUAAAGGAUCAACUUACCUGUCAACCAACCGAUCUGAUGACAUAGCUGACGAAGCGGCAGGUCGCUAUUCACAGUCAAGUGGCAGUUCCAGAAAAGAUUGGGGAUUUCUAUUUGCAGAUACUGAACCUCAGAUAUCUGAAUCAAGUUUGAAAUCUAAACCAGAAUCACGCAAAGGUGGUACACCGCGCGAGUCUAAACACAAACGAAUAUUGACUUCUGAAGAGAUGGAAUCUUUUAAAAAUAUAUUUUCGACACUGUUCAGUAAACCAAAAUCAAUGCAGGUACAUGAAACAGAGAGAGAGAUAGGAGCGCCGGCCAUUGAGAGACAUUUACUUUAUUUGAUAAAGAAUAACGAACGAAUGGCUCAGUCAGAGUCUCGUGUUCGACCGAAAGCAAGUUCUGCGGCUUUUGAAGAGCGUUUGAAUAAUCUCGCAAAGAGUGCGGCAUGGUUUAGAAAUAAUUUUGAAGGAAUACCAGCUACACGUGCUUCGAGAUAUAGGCCGCAUUGGAUUGGUUCAAUGUCCAUGACUGCCGAUGAGCAGAACAAGUUAAAAGAGAUGAUCAACGAGCUUUCAAAAUGUAGUACUAAUUAUGAUUUUAGGGUAUUUGUAUGGGAGAAUGUAUUUCAGCGUGGAAAGGUGGGAAAAGCAUCAAGCGACGUAAAUCCAUUUGUUAAGACAAGUCCGAAAGUAUUCCCUCCUGGCUACUCUCACCUUCUUAAAACGUCUAUCGCACAUUGCCGUAAUGUGUUUAGAGAUCCGUAUAUGGCCUUGUCCAUAUUUGAACAAGCCAAGAGACAGGGUUUUGAAUCAUAUGUUGUCGGAUGUGAUACUCCUGUGUACAAUGAGAUAUUGAAGAUAAGAUGGGAUUUCUGGAAAGAUGUACAGGGAAUGGACGCAUUGUUAACAGAAAUGCAGUCCAAUGGAGUACUGUUCGAUCUUGCGACCAAAGGAAUAAUUGAAUCCGCUUUCGAAGAGAGCAGAAUUGGGACGGUAGAUAAUAUCAAACAUGAUUUGGAACGCUUGCUGACGUUUGUCGAGAUGUCGAUUGAUACAUCUACUGAAUCACAUAGGUCGAACGAUCGCUUAGACACACCGUUAGAACCGUAG